AAUGCCAGCUACAAAUCCCUGCUGCAUGCAUGUGAAUGAAUCAUAGCCCAGUGUACGGUAACCAUAGAUAUACACACAAAACAUGUGUUGUGUAUAUAUAUGGUGUAACAAAGGAGCCUUCGACCGCGUACGUACCCCUCCUUCGCGGGAGCUCAGUGUGUCCAGUGUGCUGGCUAUUAGAAAAUCAAUCCAACUCAUUUCCAUCAAAAAUCAAUACAAAGCUCAUUUCAGUUCUCUAACCAGUACGUCGCAGCAGGGCCGGAGGAGUCGGCCUACGACGUUGCGGCGAGUAUCGGUGACAACGGCAAAUCACGCACGUGGUAUAUCGUACGCUUAUUAGUCCGACACAUUUAAUAGUCCGAGCACGUUGCCCGGCAACGUACGUCAUCGUGCUUUGUCGUCAUUUUGUUGUGGCUGCGAUUUCCUUGGCGAGAGGAACCCAACGCAAGCAAGCACACAUGUGGAUUUUUUAUUUUAUAUAUACGUCUACUACGACCGCCCAAGAAUGUCAGUGGUAGCAAUCUCCGGAGGCCCUAGCCAUGGAAACAAUGUAAACAGGGUUGUCAGUGACCAGUUUAUCAAAUCACCGAACACAGAUAUAAACCAUGUCACAGCACAACACAAAGACCUCGUCUUUCUGCAAUCCCUGCUUGAUAGUCCUGCUAUGAAAAAUCUGAUCAAGGCACAUGACAAAUUGGAUGCAGAAGAACCCCUAAAGCCCGUACUAGGAGGAGAAAACAGCACAGAGCUUAUACAGCAGAUCUUCACUGAUUUGGCUCCACACAAGUACUCGAACACAAAGGCGUCAGAGUUGUCGACUAUCCUCCGGAAGCCUCACGUCAAGGCCAUUAUUGAGGCACACGACACGAUAGCACAGAAAAAAUUCGAUAAAUUGCCAUCGCCAAAGAUAGCUAGUAGAAUGGCACCACCCGUUUACACAGCUCCCCCACCCGAUGCCAUACGCAUGGUCGGCAUCAGAAAGGUGGAGGGGGAGCCCCUUGGUAUUACGAUUGCCACAGAAGAUGGAGAUUUGUCAAUCGCCCGUAUCCUGCAAGGAGGCAUGAUUGAUCGGCAGGGUUUGUUACACGUCGGCGAUAUCAUCAAGGAGGUGAAUGGCAUUGAAGUGAGGACACCGGAAGAGUUGCAGUUGCACAUGAAGAAGGCCGUUGGUAGUAUUACACUGAAGAUCAUUCCCAGCUACACUGAUUCCCUGCCAACGGCACAGGUUUUUAUGAAGGUGCACUUUUCCUAUGAUCCUUCCAAAGAUACACUGAUUCCUUGCAAGGAAGCAGGUCUUUUUUUCCACAAAGGUGAUAUCCUGGAGAUUGUCAAUCAGGAAGAUCCCAACUGGUGGCAGGCGAGAAAGGUCGGAGAAGACAAAGCAGCAGGGCUGAUUCCUUCGCUCAAUUUGGAGGAGAGCAGAAAAGCAUUUUGCAAACCUGAACUUGACUUCACCAAGACGGUUGUAUUUGGUUCGCUUGCAACGUCAAAAAGAAAGAAGAAAGUCUAUUACAAUCACCACCACACGUCAGACAUGGACAGACACGAACUGCUGCUGUAUGAAGAGGUUGCCCGCAUGCCGCCGUUUCAGCGCAAAACCCUGGUGCUUAUUGGUGCUCAGGGCGUCGGUCGACGAACCAUCAAGAGCCGUCUCAUAAACAGUGACCCAACUCGUUAUGGAACUACAAUUCCACACACGUCGCGCGCGAUGCGACCGGGAGAGGAGGACGGCAGGAAGUACUUCUUCACGGAUCGUGCGAUCAUGGAGCGCGACAUGGCGGCCGAUGAGUACCUGGAGAGCGGUGAGCUGGAUGGCAACAUCUACGGCACCAAGCUGGACACGAUGCGGCAGGUGGUGCGCGCCGGCAAGAUGUGCGUCAUCGACUGCAACUCUGUGGCUCUGAAGAAGUUGAGCACGCCGGAGUUCAUGCCAUUUGUUGUGUUCCUGCAAGCACCUGACAUUAACCGACUGCGCAACAUGCAUGAGCAGGCCGUGCGCGAGGGCCACAUCCAAAAGAACCUUGCUUACGAGCGUGAGCUGCAGAACAGAUCUGUGACGAUGAGCACAUUAGAUACAGAGUUCAUGGACAUGACGGAGGAAGACUUUGACCGGACUGUGAACGAGAGCUACCGCUUGCAGAAGAACUAUGAUUGCUUCUUUGAUCUGACAAUCGUCAAUGACGACUUUGAGAAGACUUUCGUUGUGCUGCACGACGCUAUCCAGAGGUUGGCCACCGAACCACAGUGGGUGCCUGUCAACUGGGUGUACUAAUGUGCAACCUUGUGCAAGGUGUGCGAAGGAAGAGCGACCGCCUGCCAGAUGCCUGCCUCUGUCAACGGAAAACUUGAAGUGAAAGCCAUUCAUGAUAGAUCUCACCUUCUGAAUUGACUCGGCCCAUUCUAAUCUGGUGUGGUUCACAAUGUAUGCACAAUUCAUGAUUGAUCUGAUUCGCAGUGAACACUCUGUUUUAAAAGUUGAAUGAUUGUGUCUCUAAUGAAAAUGUUCUCGCUAAGAGAAUACCACUUUAAUCCCAAGCAAUCUUGCAUACGUCUAUUUUGAUCACUUUCCAGUAAUAUGACGUGUCUAAUGUAGUUAGUGUAGCAUGAUGCGUCAUGACAGACUGCAAUAGAUAGCAAUGGCGCACACAGCGUUUUGUAAGCAUGAAUUGUCAAUGUGUAGUAAGUGUUGGUGUCGGUGUUUGUGUGUUUGUGUGUGGGUAUGUGUGCGUGUACUGUUAAAUGAGUAGAUAUAAAACCUACCCAUCCGUUAAUUGUAGAAUGUCCGUCUGAUCUCCAAGAUAAUGUAAACGUAGGAUAAAACGAGUUAACAGGUGCUUGCCCCUUUUUACAAAACCUAUAGUACCACUCAACACAAUCAUAUACAUUGUAAUGUCUUUAUUCUUGACACCAACAGUAAACGCAAACGAUUGUCACAGAAUACAAAUUACAUUACAAUAUACGAACAAAAUAAAAUCUUUCCAGUUUAGAAAUACAAAUUACUUCUAGUACAAGAACGGUAGGUGUCAGCGCUAUCUAAUAGUGCUGACACCUAACAAAUGUAUGAUUGGGUUGAGUAUAAAUACCAAUUUUUCCAAAACCUAUAAUACCACUCAACCAUAGAUAUCAUAUAACAGUUGUUAUAGGAUACCUAUGCACUCAAUCAUAUACAUUGUACUGCUAGUACAAGAACGGUAGGUGUCAGCACUAUCUAAUAGUUCUGACACCUAACAAAUGCAUGAUUGGGUUGAGUGGAAAUACCAAUUGAGCAAUGGUUCUCAUCUUUAUUAUAGAAACUAGUAGUAUCAGAUACGUUUAUUGAUAAACGUGUAAUGCAAAAUGUGAUGCGUGACACAGGCACCGAGUAAUAAACAUUGCAUUCAAUUAAUUUGUCAUUUAUCAGGACGGACACGUUUCUCUUCACACUUGUUCAUGUGAACAAAUGAUAUGACUUGUCGUAGAUUUAUGCAUAAUCCGAAUGGGGUCCAAACUUUUUUAUAUUGUACAGAAUGUAUGUGUGUGUUGUUUUCGUUGCAUAUUUCGUGUGGUGUAUUUUUAGUUGUACGAAGCUAAUAAUACUGCAAUAGUAGGUGUAAUUAUCUUGCAUUUGUUAUAGGGUGUAGGUAUUCGUUUUGCUUAAUACGUUAAUAAUUGACGAAGUACAUGUGUAGCCACUGCAUUCAACUUCUUUCGUUUCUUCUGGAACUGCAAUAUGCGUAAUAACCUCCGUGAUGAAAAAUUACAUUCUCUAUUUGUUGCACACGCGUGAACACAAAUAUGUACAGUAGAAAUCUGUAUCUAAAUAAAACGGGACGUUUCUCGUUCCCUUUCUUGUUCCAAAAAUUAUU